AAUCGAUGCAAUAAGUGUCUUAAAUGGAUUCUUUAUAUGUAGCGAAAAUUAAAGUGCUAAUUUAGGGAAUAAUUAAAACGACACUUGACUUACAUUUUAAAGGAAAAUAAUGGAUCAAAACAAUGACAAGAACACUAGCAUGCCUCCCGAAACUACUCUGUUUGAUUUUCAAAUCGGUGGUCAUAAGCAUGGCGAAGGGAGAGAUAAAUGGGGUGUUCUUAAACAUCAAAAUGGAAAUAUAUUGAAGCCUCUCAGAAAAGGUGAUUCUAGAUCUGUGAAAGAGUUAGAAUUUUAUGAAAAUGUAUUUGAGAAAAAACGUUUUGACCCUAUUAUGCAAGAACUUUCUCAUUUUUUGCCAGCUUUUUGUGGAACAUGGGAAACCUCUGUCAAUGGAUCAGAAAUGAGAUAUUUAUGCUUAGAAGAUGUCUGCAGCAGUUAUCAGAAGCCUUGUGUCUUUGAAGCCAAAAUAGGAUCUCAAACUUAUGCUCCAGAUGCAACAGAAGCGAAAAUUAACAUUGAACUAUCAAAGUCCCCUGGAGGAAUAUUGAUGGGAUUUAGAGUAAUUGGAAUGAAGGUUUAUGAUGAUUGUAAAAAUGAGUACCUUACUUGGGAUAAAUAUUAUGGAAGGAGUCUGAUGCCUGACACAGUACUAACAGCAUUGGAAAAUUUCUUCAGAAGUCAAUGUGUCUCCAUUAACUGCUGGAUACUUUCUAGUUUUGUCCACAAACUAUUGUUGCUACAGGAAUGGUUUAUGAAACAAAGAAGCAUUGCUUUCUAUGGAAGUUCGCUACUCUUUGUGUAUGAAGGAAAAUUAUCAUCUUGGCAAGAAUGGGCUGCAAAACAAGAUUUAAAUGUUGAUAAUUUUACCGGUAUUGAUGGGGAAACAUUUUUAGAAAGCAAAACUAUGCAACUGCCCAAGCAAAAUAAUUGUGAAUGUGGUCUUACUAGAAAUAUUUGUAUGAAAUUAUCAGAUUGUUCAUUAUUUAAAGUGAAAAUGAUAGAUUUUGCUCAUACAUUUUCAACCUCUGAAAUAGAUAGUAAUUAUAUCGAUGGAUUGCAAAAUCUUACAGAUAAACUAAAAGAGCUAAUGGAACUAUAUAAAACAAGAUUAUGAUGAGUAAACUAUGUGUGAUAUUUGUAAAGUAUUAUAAUAAUCUUGAUCAUUUUAAGUAACUCUCAUUCCAGGGUAGCAUAAUGAUUUAUCAGGCUACCGAAAUAAUUUUUAAAUUUUUCAUUAAAAGCAUGAGUCCUACUAACCAAGGAAACACACGAAUAAUCUUAUAAUCAAAAACAUUAAAAUAGGUAGCUAUAUAUCAAAAGAGAACAUUGGGAUUUUUUGAGGCAAAAAUAUUUGCUCUUGUGUCCCAGUUAUUGAGAUAUAUAUAUAUAUAAGGUCUUAAAGUCUGCCAAAAUUUUAAGAAAAGUGCCAAAUGUAAAGAUUUGGCAAGAAAUUAAAGGUACAUGCGAUUUCACCCACUGCAUAUGGCAUGACAUCCAUCUGCUAAGGGUGUGAAAGAUGUCUUCCAUUCCUCACUGAAACUCUCUAAAAUUGGCAAGUUUUGAAAAAAUUUCAGCAAACUGUAAAACCUCCCAUUUCAAUAAUGGGGACACAAGGGCAAAUGAUUUACGCCUUCAAAACCAUGUUUUACCAUGCUCUUUUCACUUCUACUUAUUUAAAGUUUUUUCAGUACAAACUAUCCUAUGGUUUCCUGGAAAGAUAUUGACACAUGAAAAAUACAGACAUUUUCUUGUUUCUAGGACCAAGCGUUAUUACUUGCCCAUGGGUACCACUUUUCAGAACUGAGGAUAAAAUUAUCUUUAAAAAAAUUGGCAGACAAAUUUCUAUCUUAAACUGAACGUUCAACUUUAAAAACUUUCAAUUGAAGGAUAGAAAUAUAUUUGCCAAUUUUUUUUUAAAGGCAGAAUUCCAUUUUCAGUACUGAAAUGUGGUACCAAACAACCUUGCUCUGAAGGAGUGCAUCAAUGCUAAAUGAUGCAGUGUACUAAUUGAUAUCCAGAGUAAGUUGCAAGACAUAUAAACUAAAUUGGAUUAUCAUUUAAUUACACCUCAUGUAACCAAAGAACCUCUAAAUAUAUGUAGUACAUGUAUGAAAAUCAAUAACUGCUUUCAAACUUUCAUGUAUCAUUCUUUUUUUUUUCUUAACCUUUAACCCCCUUUCCUCUCGCUCCCGUGACUAUGCAGGGCUGGGGUUUCGAUCUUCAUUUCUCGCACCUGUGAUAUUGCCGUGCUGGGGUGUGCAAUAUUAACACGACAAAACGAUUAAAAUCAAUUCAUUUCUUUGUCCCGGAAUACAUUUUAUUUCUCUUUUUAUACAUUAGAUGGUAGCACCAGUCAAUUUUAAAUGUAAUUGCAGAUUUUAAAUGUAAUUGCAGAGAUGCAGGAAGGAAUUUUGGUACUACUUACCAGAUUGUGACAUUGGCCUGUGUUUCUCAAGCUUUGAAAUUUACCACAUAAGAAAAAUUUACUUAUCUUUACUUAUAUUACACAAAAGAUUAAUAAAAUUCUUUUUUUUAAUGUUUAAAAGACGUAUUUCUUAAACUUUCGCUGCUUGCUUGUUGACUUUUCAUAAAAUUUUGAAUUUUUUGAAGUUUCAAUCUAAAAAAUAUUGAAAAUGAAAAAUUGAAUGCACAUGUUGUACAUACACUUAUUUUUAUAUAAUUUUCUCAA